CUUCCGGUCGGGCUGCCUCAGCCCCGCCGCGCCAGCCGCCCCGCGCCGGAACCGGGAAGCACCUGCUGUGCGCGGCAUGGCGGGACCCGGCUGGGGCCCUCCGCGGCUGGACGGCUUUGUCCUUACCGAGCGCCUGGGCAGCGGCACGUACGCCACGGUGUACAAGGCCUACGCCAAGAAGGACACACGAGAGGUGGUAGCCAUAAAGUGUGUGGCCAAGAAAAGUCUGAACAAGGCGUCGGUGGAAAACCUCCUGACGGAGAUCGAGAUCCUCAAGGGCAUCCGGCACCCCCACAUUGUGCAGCUGAAAGACUUCCAGUGGGACAGUGACAAUAUCUACCUCAUCAUGGAGUUCUGCGCGGGGGGUGACCUGUCUCGCUUCAUCCACACUCGCAGGAUUCUGCCUGAGAAGGUGGCUCGGGUCUUCAUGCAGCAGUUGGCUAGUGCCCUGCAGUUCCUGCAUGAACGGAACAUCUCUCACCUGGAUCUGAAGCCACAGAACAUUCUGCUGAGCUCCUUGGAGAAGCCUCAUCUGAAACUGGCAGACUUUGGCUUUGCACAGCACAUGUCCCCGUGGGAUGAGAAGCAUGUGCUCCGAGGUUCCCCACUCUACAUGGCCCCCGAGAUGGUGUGUCAGCGGCAGUAUGACGCCCGUGUGGACCUCUGGUCUGUGGGGGUCAUCCUGUAUGAGGCCCUCUUCGGCCAGCCCCCCUUUGCCUCCAGGUCGUUUUUGGAGCUGGAGGAGAAGAUCCGGAGCAACCGCGUGAUCGAGCUGCCCUCUCGGCCCCCACUGUCCCGAGACUGCCGGGACCUGCUGCAUCGGCUCCUGGAGCGGGACCCAACCCGUCGCAUCUCCUUCCAGGACUUCUUUGCCCACCCGUGGGUGGACCUGGAGCACAUGCCGAGUGGGGAGAGCCUGGCACGAGCGACGGCCCUGGUGGUGCAGGCUGUGCAGAAGGACCAAGAGGGGGACACCACAGCCGCCUUGUCACUGUACUGCAAGGCGCUGGACUUCUUUGUUCCUGCUCUGCACUAUGAGGUGGAUGCCCAGCGGAAAGAGGCAAUUAAGGCAAAGGUGAGACAGUACGUGUCCCGCGCCGAGGAGCUCAAGGCCAUCGUGGCGUCCUCCAAUCAGGCUCUGCUGCGGCAGGGGACCUCUGCCCGGGACCUGUUGAGAGAGAUGGCCCGGGACAAACCACGCCUUCUUGCUGCCCUGGAAGUGGCUGCAGCUGCCAUGGCCAAGGAGGAAGAGGCCACUGGUGGUGGGGAGCAGGACGCUCUGGACCUGUACCAGCACUGCCUGGGGGAGCUGCUGCUGCUGCUGGCAGCGGAGCCCCCAGGCCGGCGACGGGAUCUACUUCAUACGGAGAUUCAGAACCUCAUGGCUCGGGCCGAGUACCUCAAGGAACAGCUCAAGAUGAAGGAGUCUCGCUGGGAAGCAGAGGGCCUGGACAGAGAGGGGCUGUCCGAGUCUGUGCGGAGCUCUUGUACCCUACAGUGACCCAGGACAACUGGACAGAGCCUGGGCCACCUGGAGUGCAGGGCACACUUAACCCAGAGGACACCGGGAACUCAGUGACCCUAUGUACCCUGGAGCUUCCUGGAUGGACACCUCUAUCCACCCUGGGGUGCUCCCUGCAGCCCAGGGGUCCUGUGGCUUGUGUUGUCUGCUGGAGCCCCUGGCCAGUCUCUGGGAGAAGUUUCCCCUGGGGAACCCUUGUCAUUUAGUGACUCCUGAGCUCUGUGCCGGUCACUUUUGCUCUGAGAGGAGGGCAGGGCCCUCUGCAGGGCCCUUCAGCUCUGGCCUCUGCCAGCAGCCGGCCACUCCCUGGACCACCCUUCCUGGAUACUGUUACUCCAGCGUGCCUCCCUUCUCCAGAGUGGGACACUCAGGAACCCCCAUCCUACAGCGUGCUCUCUGCUGGGGCUCACACCCACUUCUGUCUGAGUCCCGUAAGAUCGCCCUUCCAGCCUGACAUCAGGUUCUUUGCAGGGGUGGCACGUUUGUGCCCUUAGGGGUGCAGUCCUCAGUCCUUAUCCGUCUCUGAGAGACCCCUCAUGCUAACCCUAGAGCUCAGGGGUGGCACGUUUGUGCCCUUAGGGGUGCAGUCCUCAGUCCUUAUCCCUCUCUGAGAGACCCCCCAUGCUAACCCUGGAGCUCAGAGGUCUGGAAACUGCCUAAACCCUCCUGAGACUACAGGGGACCCAGUGCAGAUCAGGCUACCUGGUUCUAGGCCUGACGCUGCUGCUACCCCACUAUGUGACUGGACUGCCCUUUCUCUUUUCUCGGCCUGGGCCUUCAUCUCUGCUGGGCCCACUGAUACCUCUGCAGCCUAUGCAGCUCUUGGGGAUGGUGUAUUUACCCUGGAGAGGAAUGUGCACACUGGAUGGGUUCUUGUUAAAAGGCAGAGAGGGUGUUGGUGACUCCACACCCUUCUGCUUUCAAGCGCCGCCUUAGAGGAGUAGUGCUGUGUCCUCCCGCUGGAUGUUGGGUGUAAAGAAUGCAACUCAUUGUUUCUGUAGUAAAUUAUUUUCUGUACUUGUA